CGCAUUGUCCACCCAAUGACUGCUGCGACGCUUUUGUGUCCGUUCAGGCCGCCAUACUCUCGUCUGUGUGUGCUCGCAGUUUCUGUUUGCUCGAAGCUGAGGAUACCGACAAUCCUAAACAGGUUCAGGAUGGCAUCGGCGGUGAUCUCGGUGCCCACCACGGCGUCCCGCUUCGCUCUGCUGCAGGUCGACUCGGACUCGGACUCGGACUCGGAUGCGGGGAAGCCGAAGGCGGGUCGUGGAGCAGGGAAGCCCCGCUCGGGGAAAUCUCCCAGCGGGAAGACCAACCAAAAUAACGACAAGAAGAAAGAGAAGAGAAGACGAAAGAAGGAACAGCAGCAAAGUGAAGCCAAUGAGCUCAGAAGUCUUGCUUUUAAGAAGAUCCCUCAGAAGUCAACAGCACCUCCCACCACGCUCACGCUGCAGGGUUUAGCCAAUGAUCUGAUCAACCCGGCAGCGGUCCAUCACGGCUCCAAGCCCCAGGAGAGCUGGCAGGAGUGGAAACAGAGAGAUGCACAGCUGACCUGUGACUUGUAUGAGGCGGAUCUGGAAAAGGCCUUGAUGCUCAGUAAAUUGGAAUUUGAUCAACAUAAAAAGGAUGCUGAAAGAACAGAGACGGGAUCACCAAAAGCAAAAGCAGGAGGAAAGAAGGACAGAAAGAAGAAUCAGCAGGGGAAGGACAAACGAGUCACUGUAUCUCUCAAAGACUUCCAGCAGGAGGGUGGCGUGGAUCAGCUGAGCAAGAAGCCUGACAGAGAGGUGAAUUUCAGCAUGUUUGUGUUUACUAAUUGUCUUUUUUUUCAGGAACGAUAUAAGGAAGUGAAGGCCAGAAACGCUCAGCUGCUUAAAAUGCUUCAACAGGGAGAGAUGAAGGACAAAGCUGAAAUUCUGCUGCAGGUGGAGGAGCUCCAGAACAUUAAAGAAGAGCUGUCCUCACAGGUGACACAAUUACACACAUCUCUGGAGCAAGAGAGGUCAAAAGUGAAGGGCCUACAGUCAGAGCAACCGAAACAUCAGGGGAACCGGAAGGGUAAAAAAGCAUCAGACGGGGACGGAUGAAGAUUCAUGUUAGAGGACAGACAGCUUGAAUGUUUCACCUCCUUUGUCAAGCUGCUAAUGCCUUUAAUGUCUGUUCGAAACACCACACACUCUUAACCGAACUACCACCGUCACACACGUACUCCUGCUUAUUGCUGCAUACUUCUGUCACCCUGAUCACAGUGACUCGUGAGAGGAACCGAAGUUCUGCUUCUACCCUUAAAUCCACUUCUGUUCUCUGCACUAUGAAUCCAAGGCAUACAAUCCUGAGUUCUUUUCAAUAAAGAUGCUAAUCUACUUUUUCAAA